AUGCAAGGGGACGAGGAACCGCCAGAGCCCUCCAAGCCUCAGAAGAUCGACUUGGACGACGCAAAUGCGAUCAAGCACAAGCUUGAUAGCACGGCGUGUGAGGUAGUGCUGGAUGCGGGGUACAUAGAGGAUCACCUGAUCAGCAACGUCAAGAUUGUGCUGGGUGCAACUGCGCGCCUGGGCCCCACCUUCCACCUGUAA